AUGGGGAAUGAUGGCACAGAAUCUGGAUCGAACGUGCCCUAUGGUAGGCUGGCCGAAGCAAGAUCAACAGCUGAGUUUAUAGAAACACAACAAAAUCACGAAGGUGGCAUCGAAAGUUCCCGUGAGAUAAGGGCAGAUCUUCCCGCAAACAGUUAUCAGAACGGGAUGGGAGGCGGUGAGCCUGAAGGAACCAGCGCAGAGCACGAACAACUGUUCGCAGACUAUCGCGACGACGAGGAACCUAAAGGAACAACACCAGAAGCAGAUACGGAACAACAGAUGGAUCGAAGCAAACGGAACGGUUCGAAUGGCCACACGAAUAACCGAGGGUCCACACUAAGCGGGCCGCUGCUGCUCGUCAAUAUACUAGUCAACGUGCUUAUGUUUGCCGUUGCCGGUUUCAUUACUUAUCAUUGUUUCAACAAAGCAAUGGUACUGUUUUCGUGGCACCCAACGUUUAUGUCAAUUGGCUAUUUAAUCCUCAUGUCGCAAGCGGUACUGACAAUGUCCGGAGCAAGUUUUUUUACCCACCGCUGCCAACAUCGAACAAAGGUGUUCCUUCAUUGGUUGUUACAAGCAAUAGCCGGCGUGUUGAUCACGAUCGCCUCCGUAUGCAUCUUCCUCAACAAAGUCCGACUCGGAAAGUCACACUUUCAAACGCUACAUGGCAUCUUUGGGUUGGUAACGGUUUGUUUCACCUUGGCAUCGAUUGGUGGCGGGGUUACCACGAAAUAUGCCUUUCAGCUGCGGUAUUAUAUGCGGCCUAUCUACAGCAAAAUUGUUCACGGCAUCGCUGGUACGGUGUCGUACCUGUUAGCAGUAGCUACGAUCGGGUUAGGUGUGUACUCCCAUUGGUUUCAGGAGGAUAACGAUGCGAAUGUGCGACUCGCGCUGGUAGUCGCUAUCGGAACAAUUGCGCUAUAUGUCGUCUCCGUACCAAUGAUCAACACUGUGAGGCGCAUUAAAACCGCCGUCCGGACAACGUUGUAGAAUUGGGUGACUUCCACCGGGGUAUAAAUAGCUAAAUUCAGCUCUCAAUUGCCUUACAUCGGAUAAUGUAAUUUGAUGCAAUUUGUUAUAAAAUAAAAACUAAAGUUCAGGUACG